CUGGAAGUGUGCUAAUGUGAUAAGCCGCUUUAACCGCAAACUGCCUUUGGCUGACACUCGCAGCCAGCUUGGAGUUCAUUGUGGGCCAACAAUUGCGGCCCCACCUGACGAUCACUUUCUGCCCACAAACGCCCACGUGUGAAAGGUGCUGAGAAAAUAAAAAGAAAUCAAACGAAACAAAAGUGAAAAACAAUAAAGGCAAAGGAAAAUCGCGGUGCAAUAAAAGCUUAACCUAAUCACAGGCGAAUUAAAUAUUUUCAGUUCGAGCCGCAACAAUAAAGAAACAAAUAAAGCCCGAAAGAAAAAAAGGUCUCAGCAACAAUUAAUUAAGACCGUGCCCGCGAUUGUUGUUGGAGCUAUAAUAAAAAAAACGCGCUCACAUAUAUUUACAACAGUUUUUUUACGGCUUCGAAGUGAAAUGCAAAUCAAUUAAACACAUUAUUGUUAAAACAAAAAGAGAAACAAAAAAUCCGAAAACAAAAACGAAAUUUUCGUUCAAAUUGGAUUUGCCAUUACCAGAGUUAAUGUGUUUUAUUGACCAUGAAAACGAUGAAAAGUCAGCGACUGUAAAAAAAGAGAAAUAUUAAACAAGAAUUCUCCAAACUGUGCGUGCAAAUAUUUAAAACAAAAGCAAGAAGAGAUAAAUCGUAAUUGGAAAAACCGCCAAGUGUCCAAAAUGGCAAAGAGUGAAAAUCAAAUUUAAUAACCCAUCAAAAGUUGGCCGUUUCAUAUAGAUAAUUAAGCAAUAAACAGACUCUUUAAAGAAAACGCAAGUUUAACGAUCGCAGCCAGAUAGCACAACCGAAACUGAGCAGAAAGCCUAACAUGCGCCCGGCACGUUACCGAUGAAGCAAGCAACUUUAAUCAGCCCCAGACUCAGACACAGAAGAAGCACAGCAGCGGCAGCCACCAAGAUGUGUCCCAAACGGCAUUGGCUAGUCAACAACAACAGAGCAGCGGGCUCCGGAGGAUCUGGAGGAGCUGCGGCGAGGAGGAGCAGGCGCAGUCUAGACCAAAUAGUAGAAGUAUUAGUAGCCUUAAUCUUAGUCAAUUGCCUGGCCACGGCGGCAGCGGCGCUGAUCACACCGCCCGACAGCCUCGAGUCGCUAUCGCUGGCCGACUCCUCCUUCUCCUCCCCCGCUGACGAGGACGACGACAUGGCCGGCGGCUUCUACCGCAGCCCGCACCGCCUGGAGGGUUAUCCCCAAAUGCAGCAGCUGCAGCGCGGCCAGAACUUCAAGAUCAGCCCCAAGCCCUGCUCCUUCGGCCGCGUCGAGGGCACCUGCAUGUUCGUGUGGGAGUGCAUCAAGUCCGAGGGCCGGCACGUGGGCAUGUGCGUCGACUCCUUCAUGUUCGGCUCCUGCUGCACGCACAACUACACGGACAACAUCGUCCUGCCGCAAACAGCAUUCUCCUACACGAGACCCACCAAGCCGCUCACGCUACGCCCGCGACCUCCUUCGCCCUACAAGCCCAUGAUCAGCGGUAUGACCACCAUAGAGCGUCCCCAUGGCGCUGGCACCCUCGUGAUUCGUCCUUCGGGUCCGCACCACCAGGGAACUCUGGCACGUCCGCAUCCGCCGCCCUACCAGAGCAAGCCCACCACGGCCUCGGAUCUGCUGAGUUCCGCCUCGCAUCCCAGCUCCAGUUCCAGCUCCAGUUCGAAUCCCAAUAGCAUUUGGCAUACAUCGACCCAGCAGCAGCAGCAGCAGCAGCAUCAGCAGAAUCAGCAGAACCACUGGCAGAUGACCACCGAGCCGAGCUUUAUUACCAAGCCGCGACCCACCGGCUGGACCAAGCCCGGCAUAGUCAAUUUGCCAAUGCCCGCGCGACCCUCCAAGCCGUCGAAGCCCACAAAGAAACCGAUUGUCUACGAGCGGACACCGCCGCCUCCGUCCGCCGCGCCGUCCACCUCGACGACAUCAACGUCGCUGAUUUGGCCGGGCCAGACGCAUCCCCAGCCGCAUCGCCCCACCAGGCCGCAGCUGUCGCCGGGCACAUCAUUAGCCGGAUCCUCGUCCUCGGCUUGGCCAUCGCCAACCACCUCGACGACAACCACAACAACGACAACCACCACUCGUCGGACAACCACACCGGCGAGCACAACAAGGAGAACCACGACAAGCAAGCCCACAAGGCCCUACCAGCGGCCCACCACGGCGAUCUCCAGCUCCACUUCGGGCCAGACACCCACCACGACCAGGCCGAUCCCCAGCAGUUCCAGCAGCAGCAGCGGAAUCGUCACCAGCAGCACCAGCCAACGGCCAACGCAGCCCACGCACCGACCGCCGGUCCUGGCCACCUCCGGCAUCGAGACCAACGAGAUAACGGACUCCUCCUCCAGCCCCGACUCCGGAGCUCUCGGUCAUGUGAAGACCAUUUCGGCGGCGCGAAGUGAGUGCGGAGUGCCGACGCUGGCGCGUCCAGAGACGCGGAUCGUGGGCGGUAAGAGCGCGGCCUUCGGUCGUUGGCCCUGGCAGGUGUCGGUGCGGCGCACCUCCUUCUUCGGAUUCUCCAGCACCCACCGCUGCGGUGGCGCUUUGAUCAACGAGAACUGGAUAGCCACCGCCGGACACUGCGUGGACGACCUGCUAAUCUCGCAAAUACGCAUCCGCGUGGGCGAGUACGACUUCUCGCAUGUGCAGGAACAGCUGCCCUACAUAGAGCGCGGGGUGGCCAAGAAGGUGGUGCAUCCCAAGUACAGCUUCCUCACGUACGAGUACGACCUGGCGCUGGUCAAGCUGGAGCAGCCGCUCGAAUUCGCGCCGCAUGUCAGUCCCAUUUGCCUGCCCGAGACGGAGAGCCUUCUAAUUGGCAUGAACGCCACGGUCACCGGCUGGGGUCGCCUCAGCGAGGGCGGCACCCUGCCCUCCGUCCUCCAAGAGGUUUCAGUGCCGAUUGUGAGUAACGACAAUUGCAAGUCGAUGUUUAUGCGAGCCGGUCGCCAGGAAUUUAUUCCGGACAUAUUCCUGUGUGCGGGCUACGAGACGGGAGGCCAGGACUCCUGCCAGGGCGAUUCGGGAGGACCUUUGCAGGCCAAGUCGCAGGAUGGCCGCUUCUUUUUGGCCGGGAUAAUCUCCUGGGGCAUUGGCUGUGCCGAGGCCAAUCUGCCCGGAGUCUGUACGCGCAUCUCCAAGUUUACGCCCUGGAUAUUGGAGCAUGUCAGAUGAUGAUCAGCCCGGAAAUAAUGGCGAUUAUGAUAAUGGCAGCUCGACUUUUGUUAUUGUUUUAAUUUAUCAGUUGUAUCUUUAAGUCUUGUGUGAUUUAUCUUAAAGGAAUGUUAAGCGUAGUUAGCUUCAAUUUAACAAUUUUAACAGCAUUGACCUUGACUUGGCCUUGUGGGCCGCUGCCACGCCCCUGUCCGCACUCACACACACGCACUCACCCACACACAGUCAACGCCCACUAAGUUAGUCUAGCGAAAAUGUUAGCGCCGUAAGUUGUCUAACACGGAAAAAGAUGGAAUUUCAAAGGGAUUAUCUAUUUGUACAUAGCCGAAGGGAUCGGGGGAUGGGGAAGGGGGGUAUGGAGAGUCAUUUGCAUGUCCACAAGUUGUUGGUAUUUUAGUGUAGUAAUAUUUAACAAUUAACUAAAUCUAUAUUUAUUGUAAACAAAUGCAUGCAGACAUCUGAACGUUGUUUGUAUCUUGCCCAAAGAACAAGUUUAUCUAUAGCGAUGCGAAAGCUCGAGAGCAAUAAAAGAUUACUGAAAAUAUA